GAACUUCAAGGCUGGUGUUCCAUUACCUUGUCUUGCGCUAGCAGUGAAAGAGACGUUAUUGCAACCACUGCUCUCAUCUGUGAGUUGUUUGAUUUCUCUUCGAAGACGGCAACAGACAAAAGUUAAUGGAAUUCAACAUCUAUAGUAUAGAUAACUUCUGUAGCAAAGAGAAUGAUCAUGAAGGAAGUAUCAACCGCGAAGAGCGUAUUGUUUUUCGUCGGAGUUCUUGCAUUUUUGCUCCAGAUAUCGAGUACGUAAUAUUGUUGUUUAGCCAAAUGAAAAUAAGGCUCGUCCUUUGUGGUCGACCCAUUUCUUAUUGUUGCCGCUUCGCUCCCCUUUUCGUUUGCGGUUUUCGUAAAUUCCAGGGUCUUCGGGUCAAAUUAUAAAUGAGGGAGUAGAUCCAACAUUAAAAAUUAUUGAAGAGGGCGAAGAUCCAACAUUAGGAACGGGAGUGAACGAAGAAAAAGAUGUUAUGGACACGUGUGCAGGUGGAUCAGGCCCUCGCCCUAUCAAUGGAGUGUUUUCUCCCGGACGAACCGACUUCGCCUCAGUUGAUGAUGUGAACGGUGGCUUUUGCGGUGUCGAAAUCGACAGACCAGGAAUAUGGUGGUGGUAAGCAAAUUAUUAACCUCGUUGAAACUUUUGCCUUCCAGUUCUCUCUUAGAGGCAUGCGUUCGAUGGUUGAUUAUCCAUUAUCUUUGCACUUUAAGAUGAACUUCCUUGUACUAAUUUUUCUUUUGCUAUUAUUCUCUUGUUCCUAGGGUUGAAGGCACAGGGGAUUUGAUCAAGGUAUCUAGUUGUAACAAACAAACCAAUAUCAAAGUUAAAAUGAGCGUCUUUUCUGGAUCCUGCGAUGAGCUCGAAUGCGUGACGGGUUCAGAAGAUCCAGAUUUUGAAUGCACCACUUGUGACGAGGUCAAUGCUAUUGGAGAAUGGAAAACGUUUGCCACGGCGAUUACUUUUCAAUCCGAAUUAGAGAAAAACUAUUAUGUUUUGGUACAGCAAGCUGAUGAACAACCUGGAACAAUUUGGUUGAAUUUUCAAACCCCAAUUAUACCCCAAAACGACAACUGUGUAGAUGCAAUCGGCCCUGUGCCCCGAGACAUGACCACAAUUGAGAACUCAAAUGAAUUUGCGUCGAUAUCCGUAAUGGAUGAUUAUUGUGGGGGAGAGUUUGUGCCAUCACGGUAUCCCGGAACGUGGUUUCAAGGUGAGUUGACGAAAUCAAUAAUUUGUUUUUCAUCUCUUCUCGAAUAAUGCCAUGCGCACAUUGAACUUAACUUAGCUUGCGAUUGUUGUAUUUAUACUAUUGAAAAUGUUUUGCGAUCGAAGUCAUGGGCACCGGUGGGCUGGUUUCAGUUUCGGCGUGCAGCCCCUGGAACUUUGACGGGUACGCGUUCAGUGUGUACUAUGGUGAUCACUGUGAUAACCUUGAGUGUGUUGCAGGAGCGUACGAAGUCAACAUCGAGGAUCCAGACCAUUGUGUUUUUGGCAGCGGGAAUCAGCGUGCGAUGACCAGGUAUACAUUCGAUACUAUAGAUCGAAGCCGGUAUUAUGUUUAUGUCCACUGGGCACAAACUCGAUCCGAGAAGCCAACGGCAGACUUUCGGUUCUUUGUGAACGAUGGUAGGGAAGGUGAUGCUGGCACCAGCGGUGCUCAUGUAAUUGCAUACGAACCUCACACCACUUAUGAUUGGAGCGGCUACAGAGACGGUACCGGUCGGUCUAUUGGCAGAACCGGUGAUGAGGAGGGCAAUGCUGACAAUGAGCAACCAUCCUCCAGUAGCAAUAUCCAAAUCCAUCGUGGACUUUCUAUCUUUGUUCUUGCCAUAUCGUGUGCACUUCAUUCAUUGUUAUAGCGAUGUAGAAGUACUCUAUUUUAUGGAGAAUGCCAUGUCAAUUGGUUACUCCUCAUCUGAAAGAAGAGAUGAAUCCAUUUACUCCGCUCUAUAGUUUACUGCUUCAUAUAAUUAUUUUCUAAUGGUGAUUUUAACUAUAUGCCAGAGACCGCAGUGCUGAUAAAAAAUGAAAGCAGAUAUACUGCAAUCAUGCCGAUUAAAUUAUCCAGGUGGCCAUUGCAUUUGCCGACCACCCAUCACAUGCUGAAAAUUGCGAGCAAAGAGCAGAAACAACACAAGAACAAAAAAGAAAUUUAAGCAUCAAGUACGAGACGGCUUAGAAGAUAGACCAUUCGGCUAGUACCAUCUUCCAAUUUAAAAUGCAUGAUGGACUUACAACGUGAAGAUGAUAGACGCUCUGCGCACCAUCCUUGCCAUCGUUGACGACGACCCGAAACCCGCCGGGACACUCUUCCUGGCCGAGCUUUUGGGCCACGUACACUAGAUGGCCGAGCAACGCCUUCUGGUCUUCCCGCGCUUUCGAAAGCUGUGUCAAACCAUCUCGGUGUUUCGGAAUCACCAAAAAGUGAACCGGCGCCUGCGGGUUGACGUCUCGAAACGCAAUGCAAAGCUCGUCGUCGUGGAUCUUGUUGGCCGGGAUGUCUCCCGACAAGAUUUUGUCGAAAAUCGUGGGUGGUAAAGCAUCUCCGGCAUUGUUUGCGGCGGCCUCCUGGGCCUUUUGUACUUCGUCCGAGGACAUGGCGAGGGCGGUGGCAGUCGAGUGCGAAUACGAAUGCGAAAGAUUUUGAAAAGGAAAGGCGAAGGCUCCGGCGACGUGGAUGUUGUUGGAAACGUUGCUAGUGAAAGUUUUUCCGGAUAGAAGUGCGGAACAAGAUAAAAUUCUUGCGAUAGUUCUUCGUCCUGUUAGGCUGCACACGGAAUACAGAAGAUUCUCAGUGAGCAAGUUGUGCACGAAGACAAAUACUACCAAUAGUAGAACGACGAGCCCUAUACACACAUUCGUGGUACGUAUGAUAAGGCUGGUGAUGAAACAAAUCCAAAAGCGCAAAAGCGCCGAAUGCCCCCUCUCCCUCAUACUAAUGCCUGGGUAUAUAACUUACCGCAUUCCUAUGGCUCGUUGCGAUAAAAGGUAGCUGGUAAAGUGACCUUGCAUUUACUUGAAGGAUUCCAGCUUCAAUUGAUCCUGUACUGUACAUCUACCAUGAUGCAAAAUUCCUACGGUUCGAGUACGUACUCACACGUACGACCGCGAGGAGGAGGCGGGCCGUGACAGCUAGCUAAGGUUCUGUCUUGAGCAGCGUCAACGGCCCAUCUACUAGAUUCAUGGGAUUUCAGAUCGGCGAGAAAAGAUUUUUGAUGUUUUUUUUACUGUACCGUAGCUACGAAGUCUACUAAACACGCUGCUCGGGACUGCACUAAAACAAAGAGCACACA